GGGUCUGGAGAUGUACCCCCGGUUUUACCCCCGCAAUACGACCCAAUGCGGUAGGUAAAUAACGUGGCGGUACGAGAUGUAGGCGGAGAAGCUGCCGCGGAGUGAUGGAGGUGGAGGAUGCCGCGGCUAUGCGUCUGUCCAUAGCAUCAUCCAUCUCCAACUUGUCACUUUCGUUUGUAGACUCGUUCGGAAUACACUCAACAACAACAGCAAUUACUCGACAUUAUGGGCUCAGCAGGUCCCGAUGCUCCCGACUGGGAUGUAGCAGUUGUCGGCGGUGGGUUCUGUGGUGUUUGGUUGCUUUUCCACCUGCGCGAACAAGGCUUCAAGGUCCGGCUAUUCGAGCACGGCUCCGGCCUGGGUGGAAUCUGGCACUGGAACAAUUACCCAGGCGCAAGGGUCGAUACUCCGGCACCCACAUAUCAACUGACCGACAAAGAAACAUGGCACACGUGGGAAUGGAAGCAACUUUUCCCCGGUCGAGACGAACUCUGCGAUUACUUCCGCCAUCUCGAACAAGUAUGGGAUCUCGGCAAGGACAUUUCGUACAAUUCGAAAGUCACUGCGAUGCAAUGGGAUGCCGACACGUCGAGAUGGAAGUAUGAGAUCAACGACGGGCAGUCUACCGGUACUGCCUGGUCGGUCGUGCUUUGCACUGGCUUCGCUUCGAAGAAGUACGUUCCGCCUUGGCCGGGCGUCGACAAGUUCAAGGGCGAGAUCAUUCAUACCUCCCAGUGGCCGCAGAAGGGCUUCAAUGUGGACAACCGGAGCGUGGGCAUCAUCGGCACAGGCGCGAGUGGCGUCCAGGCGAUUCAGGAAGUCUCACAGCAAGCCUCGCAUCUGACCGUCUUCCAAAGAACACCCAACACCGCCCUGAAAAUGAGCAACCCCGAGCAAACCGCAGCCCUCAACAAACGCAUGCGCGACGGCUUCCCGGAAACGGCCAAGAAGAUGAAACUCACCUUCGCCGGCUUCGACUACGAAUUCGACAAGACCAAGCCCGGCGACGUGCCCAGGGAAGAGCGCAUGCGCUCCUACGAGAAACUCUACCACACCGGCGGCCUGCACCUCUGGCUCGGCACCUACCUCGACUGCUUCUACGACGAGGAGUACAACGAAGAGCUCUACCAGUUCUGGCGGUCCAAGACACUGCCGCGCAUCAAGGACCCGCGGAAUCAGGAGCUGCUCGCGCCGGCGAAGAAGCCGCAUCCUUUUGGCACGAAGCGGAUUAGUCUCGAGACGAGGUAUUUCGAGUGCUUCAAUCAGGACAACGUCGAGCUCAUCUCUACCCUGGAGAACGAUAUUGUUGAGUUUACGGAGGAAGGGGUCAAGACUGCGGACGGCAGGGUGCAUUCGUUCGAGGUGAUUGUGUUUGCUACGGGCUUUGAUACGCACACCGGCGGCAUGACGCAGAUCGACCUGAGAGGUGUGGGUGGCCAGACCAUUCUGGACAAGUGGAAGGAUGGGGUGUUUACGCAGCUGGGUAUUGCUACGGCCGGCUUCCCGAACAUGUUCUUCUGCUACGGCCCGCAGGCUCCGACGGCGUUUGCAACAGGACCGUCUCAUGCGGAGAACCAGGGCUCUUUCAUCGUGGACUGCCUAAAGCACUUACGCGACAACAACUACAGCUCCAUCGACGCAACGCACGAAGCGGAAAAGGCUUUUAAAGAACAGAUCAACGAGCAUGGAUACAAGGGCCUCUUCUCUCAAGCCGAUAGCUGGUACUACGCAGCCAACAUCCCCGGCAAGAAGCGCGAGCCCCUGAACUUCAUGGGCGGCAUGCCGAUGUAUCGCAAGAACCUGAUCGACGAGCAGAACAGCGGGUACCCGGGUUUCGUGUUGUCGCGUUGAGGGCUGUACCUUUACUUGUCGUAUGAAUGAUCAGAGACAUAUCCAAUUUCUCCCCCCAUGCCUUUCACGUUCGGAGACAGAUGGCAGAGAACAGGUGAUCCCGUCCGAUCUCACGUACUUAAGCUGCCAAUCGGAUGAAUAGUACUCAGGUGGGAGACCACUGGGGAAGUCCAUCUACUGAACGU